AUGGAUUUGGAAAGCACAAUGGAAUGGAAUAAAAACUUUCAAACAAAUAGCAUAUUUGUUUAUAACUUUCCAAAUGAAUGGAUGGAAAAUGACUUAAAAAAAAAUUUUAUGAUAUUUGGAACCAUAAAUAAUAUAAUUAUAGACAAAGAUAUAAAUAUUUAUGCCUUUAUUCAAUACAAUGACACCGAGUCAUCACAAAAAGCUAUUGAAGUUAUGAACGGCAAGGAAAUUAAUGGGAAACUUUUGAAAGUUACAUCAAGAAAAAUUGUAGAUGAAUGUAUAGAUAUGAACACAAACAAAUUAGAUUCACAACAAAAAUCACAAUCAAGUAAUGAUAAUAAAAAGACGACACUUUUUGUCUUUUAUCUACCACCUCAUUGGAAUGAUCAGGAUUUAUUUGAUAAAUUUAAAACUUUUGGUAACUUGGAGAGUGCUACAGUGGCCAAAAAAAAUGACAAGACCAGUAAAGGUUAUGGUUUUGUUGUAUAUACUGAUCCACAUAGUGCAGCGCUAGCUAUUUCUAAUAUGAAUAAAGUUGAGGUAUACACAGGAAAAAGACUUAAGGUUUUAUUAAAAUCUAACUCUAAUGAAACAAAUAAGAGAAAAAUAAAACCAGGGUGCACCAUUUUCGUCUUUUAUUUACCAAACGAUUGGAGUGACAAAGAUUUAAAAAGACAUUUUUCACAUUAUGGUAAUAUACUAGGCGCAACAAUCAAAAGAGAAACGAAUGGAAAAAGUAGGGGUUAUGGAUUUAUUAAUUUUGAAAAUCAACAAAGUGCAAUUAAUGCUGUUGCUGGCAUGAAUGGUUUUAAUGCAGGAAAUAAAUAUUUAAAAGUUUCAAUCAAAAAGGGGGAAGAACAAUAUUUGGCACCCCAAUAUCUCAAUAUAGAUCGUAUGAACAACUCUUAUAAUUCACCUCCACCCCCACCACCUCCAAUGUCUUGCCAUGGAAAUGAAUCAUCAAAUUAUGCUAACAAUGAAAUGUAUUCAAUUCAAAAUACCAUGCCAAACAAUAGAUAUAAUUCACGAGUUUCUACAAACGAUGUACAUCAAUCUUUUAUUAAUUCGCAAUAUGGUCAUUUUCCAUAUAAUUUUUUUAAAAACAAUGAACAAGGACCAUAUAUGCAAAGAUCUUAUAAUAAAACUUAUAAUAACAUGGGAAAAACAUGA